CGCUGUCACAUCAGGGACCUGGCACUGCUUAUUGACAGCUGCUUUUUGAAAUUCUCACGCUUCUGCAACUCGGAAACAUCACUGGACACAUCUAUACUCAUAGCUCUACACUGAAACACACACCACCUCCCCCAGCUCCUGUGGGAUGAUGUGAAGAGAUGAUAGCAGAACCUACAGUCACCUCCCGGUCCUCAGUACAGAAUGAGAACUUGGCUGUGGACGCAAACUCCUCUGGAGCUGUCAAUCACACAGUGGGCGGAGCCCGGAAUGAGAACAGACAGAAGAGUUUGAGAGGGAAGAGGAGGGCACGGGGGGGCUCUGAGAAUGCCAAGCGCCGACACACCAAGGUAACCAAUGGCAGUCUGGGUCAGAACAGACACCUCAAACAUGGGGACAUUGAGGCCGUCACAUUGUUCGAGGUGGUCACCAUGGGCAGGAGUGCCAUGCAGGCUGUAGUUGAUGAUUGGAUUGAGGCGUACAUCACAGACAGAGACUCUGGCCUCCUGGACCUCAUUAGCUUCUUCAUCCAGUGUUCUGGUUGCAAAGGUUUGGUGACAGCUGAGAUGUUCCAAAGCAGGCAGGAUGAUGUCAUGAGGAAGAUGGUGGAGGAAUUGGAUGAGGGUUCGGGGCUGCAGUAUAAGAAAUUCCUGGCCUUUCCCUGGAUCCUCACAGUCACGUGGCCCAUGGACAUGGACAGUGGGGAAUAUCCUCUCACCAUGUCUGGUCCGUACUGGCGCCGGUUCCGUGGUGAGUUCUGUGAGUUUGUGUCGGUGUUGGUAACCCAGUGUCAAUACAAUGUGAUCUUUGACAGCUACCUCAUGGACACACUCAUCUCUCUGCUCACCGAGCUGUCCGACUCCCGUGUACGAGCCUUCAGACACACCUGCACAUUGGCAGCAAUGAAGUUGCUAAGCUCUCUGAUUGGAGUAGCCCUUAGUCUGAGUGUGAGUAUAGAGAACAGCCAGAGACUGGGCGAGGUGGAGAGAACCAAGACAUCAGGAAGACGCAACUCACCAAGACUGGAGAGAAUAAACAGGAAGACCACAGAGCUGCAGGAUAGAAGGGUGGAGAUAGAAAACAUGAUGGAUGCCAUAUUCAAAGGAGUCUUCCUGAAGAGAUACCGGGAUGUGCUCCCAGAGAUCCGGUCCAUGUGUAUGGAAGAGCUGGCUGUGUGGAUGAAACUUUACAGUCCAGUGUUUCUGACUGACAGCUACCUCAAAUACAUGGGCUGGAUGAUGCACGACAAGCUACCUGACGUGCGUCUGAAGUGUGUGUUGGGGCUACAGGGUCUGUACGGAGACCCGCUCCUCCUGCCCAAACUAGACCUCUUCAACAGCCGCUUCAAGGACAGGAUGAUCUCUAUGACUCUGGACAAGGACCACGAGGUGGCAGUACAGACCCUGAGACUACUCACACUCAUCUCCCAGUCAGCUGAGGAGGUUAUUAAUCCUGAGGACUAUAAGCAGCUGUUCCAGUUGGUGUUCUCCUCACAUCGCCCUCUGGCUACCGCCGCAGGAGAGCUGCUCUACACACGACUGCUCAGCUCCCCUACUCAGGCACCUGACCUCAGAGAGGGGGCGAGUGAGCAGGACACACACACACAGCUGACGACAGCCAGAGUGAGGGCUCUGCUGCACUUCUACCAGGACAGUGAGCUCCAUCAGCAUGUAGUAUACCUGGUGGACAGUCUGUGGGACUGUGCUGGUGCCAUGCUGAAGGACUGGUCAUCUCUUACCUCAUUACUGCUACAGGACCCCUCCACUCAGGAUGCAGAUCUGAGUGCUGGAGAGCAGUCUCUGGUUGUAGAGUUAUUGGUGGCAUCAGUGCGUCAGGCUGUAGAGGGACCCCUGCUGGCGGGAAGGAGCACAUGCAAGAAGGUGGUAAGUGCCAGAGAAAAAAAAUCUCCGGUAGAUGACUGUGGCAGACUCACUGAACACUUCCUCAAGGUACUGCCACAGUUGCUGAUUAAGUAUUCAGGGAGCCCAGAAACUGUGGCAUCUCUUUUGAAGAUACCUCAGUACUUACACCCAGACUCGCCUCAUGCAGAAUUCCCACAGGCGUUGUCGGGCCUGCUGGCUGAGAUGGGAGCUGUUUUGGAGCUCCACACUCACCCUGCGGUGCUGGAGGCGGCUGCUCGCUCAUACCUCAGCCUGUGUGGAGAGGAAACAGCCUGGCACCCCCUGGCACGACCUGGCAGAGACGCAGUGGUCCAAUGCUGGGCAGACAGACUGGCAGCACUGCUGGGUGACGCACUGCAGGAUGGCAACUUCACUGCUGAUGCGGAAAAGACAGGAGAGAUUCUAUCCACACUGAAGAAACUCACUGCUUUCCACAAUGCCCAGGACCUGUCUCGUUGGGGACUGUAUGAGCAGGUCUUUCCUCUUCUCUCAGUGGAGAUCAUUCAUGGUGGAUUACCUACACAGCUGACAGUGGAAGCUCUGCAGUGUGUAUCUUACUCUGUCCUCUGGAACCUCAACACCAGCGGAGAGACCCUGACCUCGCGGGAAAAGGCUGUCGCCCAGAGGAGUCAGAUGAGAGCAUUGUGUGAGAAGUGUCUACGUUGUCUGUCCCACAACGAUCAGAGUGUGAAGGAGCAGGCAUUCCUGUCUCUGUGUGAUGUCCUGACGGCCCACAACUACCAGUUGCAAGUGUGGGAUCCCUCGUCUUACGGCCCCCUGCUCUACACUCCCGACCCGAAACUUCAGAGGGCGCUGCUCGCCUUCAUUCUGGAGCACGUCUUCACUGGAGCAGAGUACGACAGCCACAGCAGGGGUAGUGAUGUAGAGUCUGGUGAGGGGAGGUUGGAGGAGCUCCACAGACGUAGGAGCUUAUUGGCAGGCUACUGUAAACUCAUAGUACACGGGGUGCUGGAGAUGAGUAUGGCUGCUGAUCUCUUCAAGUAUUACAUGAAGUAUUAUAAUAACUUUGGUGACAUCAUUAAGGAGACUCUGAGCAGAACGCGGCAGAUGGAUAAGAUAGAGAGUGCUCGCACGCUGGUGCUCUGUCUGCAACAGUUGUUCCUGCGUCUGAAGCAGGAGCAGGACAGUGGAGUCACCUGUAGCUCAGGUGUCCAAACAUUCAGCAGCAUCAAGGAGCUGGCCAGACGCUUCUCUCUCACCUUCGGCUGGGACCAGACAAAGUCCAGAGAGUCCCUCGCUCUGAUCCAUAGGGACGGUAUAGAGUUUGUUUUUCAGGGCUUUGUCCAGAGAGCAGAGAAGCCCUCUCCUCCGUACCUCUCCUACCUCACCAUCCUCAGCGAGUUCUCCAGCAAGCUCCUCAGACCAGACAAAAAGAUUGUUUACACCUACCUACAGAGGUACAUAAGUGAACAGACCAUCAGUAACAGAGAGGAGUGUUGGCUGCCACUCAUCUACUACCGAGCCUCCUUAUUGGCUACUGGGGCUGAGGGGGAAGAUGCUGUGUCCUUCAUCAGCUCUGAUACGUUAAAGCAACCGUCUCUAGCCAAUCGCUCACGCUCUCCCUCUGUCAGACACAGCCCUACUGCUGACGGAGACGUGAGGUCCCCGUCUGCUCUUACCUCUACUGAGACCAAAGUAAGGAGGCCCCAUAAGGCCAGCAGCAGUACAAGCCCAGAGGACAGGAAGCCAGAGGUUGAGCUUGGUCCCAUCGUCAGGGAACCCCCGCCGACCAUAGUGAUAUCAGAGGAGCCGUUCCACGCUAACGAGGAAUUGGAUGUGGACACCGUGGAGGUUGACCUGUGAACUGGAAGGUGGAUCAAAUAGAAAAAAAUAUUUGUCACAUGCUUUGUAAACUAACAGUGAAAUGCUUACUUACGGGCCCUUCCCAACAAUG